AUGCAAUUCAUAUAUGUCUUACCUGGAUUAGAAAGAUCUGUUUCCGACUCUAUGGUACUUAGAGAUAUUGUCAGUAGACCCAAUGGGUGGAAAGUGCCUACUGUGAAACCAUCUCACAUAAUUAUAGGCCACUACUAUCUCGUAGAUGUGGGUUACAUAAAUGGGGAGGGUUUUCUUGCACCAUAUAGAGGACAACGUUAUUAUAUUUCCACAUGGAGAGAAUGGGGUGCCCCAACAACUCCACGAGAGUUUUUUAACAUGAGGCACUUUUCUGCUCGUAACGUCAUUGAGAGGUUUUUUGGGCUACUUAAAAUGAAGUGGGCAAUAUUGAGGACUUAUUCUUACUUUCCAAUCAAGACUCAAUUUCAUAUUAUCACUGCAUGUUGCCUUCUCCACAAUCUCAUACAACGUGAAAUUCCUAUGGAUUUCGAUGAUGAUGAGAAUGAGGAAAUGAAUCCAUCUCCUCCAGCUACUGAAUUAGGAGAUGAAAUGACUGACGUUGUUGAAGCAUCUGAUCAAUGGAGUGAAUAG